AUGUCGAGCUCGCGCACACAGCAGACCCGUCAUCUUGACAGGUCCGAUCGCCCCUCUAAACGCCGAAAAGUGGCCAUUGCAUGUGAUGACUGCCGGGCUCGGAAGGUCCGGUGUGACGGUAGACAACCCGUUUGUGGGCCCUGCAGCAGGCGAGUAGACCAGUCGACGCAAUGUGUCUAUACCGGGGAGCUGGAGAAGAAGCGAGCGGUCCGAAAUUAUAUUGCGAGCCUUGAAGAUCGGAUCAAGCAUCUAGAAAGCCGGGGAAGGCCCACAAACUUGAGAGAAGGAGCUUCUCAAUGCCAUGACAGACCUGGCGACUUGCAAGUAACAAAUGUCAGCCAUAUACACAGGCCCACUGUGUCCUCCCAGAACUCGCGAGAGCAGUCGCUGCGAAUGAAGGACCCAACGGACAGUGUCAAUGCUAUGAUGGGUGCUGUGGAAGAUGAGCGCCCAUCACAGGGCUUCUUUGGUAGCUCUAGUGCUGCUAGCUUCAUACGCCAAAUCAAGAUGGCCGUGGAUAAAAAGGUCCCAUUGCCCGAUCACCACAACCCAGACUCACUACUGGGGCUUGCUCCACCGAGCAGUCUCAUGUCCACAAAGAAGCAACGGCUAUCAACAGUUCCCGAUUAUGUUCUUCCUCCACGAAAGACGGCUGAUGGUCUUGUGAGAGUAUACUGGACGUUCGUUUUCCCACUCUACCCCCUCGUGGAUGGGGUUCAUUUGAGAGCUGAAUAUGAGAGGAUAUGGACAGGAGAAGCUCUUGAAUCCGAUGAAAACAUGCUUAUGUGUACAUUCAAUGUCAUAUUUGCGCUGGCCUGCCAGCUGGCCGAUUUCAUUCCUCCCGAGGAGCGAGAGGCUUCUGCGGAUGCAUUCUUCACUCGUGCAAAAGAUCUUCUCCAGUUCAACCUUUGGAAUGCUGGAUCUGCUGCAUUGAUCCAAUGUCUUCUUCUGAUGGCCCAGUACCUUCAAAGUACCGACUCUGCCCAUCAGUGCUGGAUUGUCGCGGGGCUAGCGAUUCGCAAUGCCCAGGGUCUUGGCUUGCACCUCCCGCAGACAAUUGCCUUUCUUAAAAAUCCACAGGAGCAGCAGCUGGCUCGCAAAAUCUGGCAUGGGUGUGUCUUAAUGGAUCGGGUCAUAUCUAUGACAUUUGGGCGCCCGGCCAUGAUCUCCAAGGCGUCAUGCGGAUCCGUUCCCCUACCAGCUAAUGUGGAUGAAGAGUACAUUCCCGCUGUGUCGGGGUCCGAGGUGGCGCAACCGGCUAACCGGCCAUCGGUAAUGGCCUUCUAUGCAAAGUCCCUAGAGCUUUAUAAGAUAUUGAACGAUAUCCUCCUGAGUCUCUAUAGUCCCGGAACAGAUGAGAGUCCAGAAGACAUCUACGAUUUCUACUUCGACAAAGGAGCAAAUAAUGGAGAGCGGACAAUCUUUGAACUUGAUCAGGCUCUUACGAAGUGGUCUCGGAGCCUACCCUCACACUUGCGAGGCGAAUCCUGUUCCGGGGGUGAGUUUACGGUGUUUUACCACCAAAGUGUUGUAUUACGUGCGAGGUUUCUUCACGUGCGAAUGCUUCUCUUCAGACCUAUCCUGUCUAGAUACUGUACUUCGCGCGAAAGUGGGAUCUCGGAUCCAAUGAUCUCAUUCCGUGAUUCCUUCCCUCAGCGGGUUGCAUUGCAAUGCUCGAUCAUUUGCGUAAAGGUUGCACAAGAGGUUAUCGGGUUGAUACAUGGUAAUCUACCGGCAGAUGGAAGUUCAGGCCCUCUUCCUGCUUGGUGGUACAACAUUCUGUAUGUUUACACGGCGGCCACUGUGCUUAUAGCGGGCCGCCUAUGUCCUGCCGUCCUAGACGAGGUGACCGAAGCUGCAAUGUCUCAAUCUUGGGAUAGCGCUUUGGGGGUGUUGCGGAGAUAUCAUAGCCAUAGCACAUCAGCCCGGCGGUGUGUUGCAGCACUUGAAAUUCUUUACGAUAGGGUCGUGUCCCAAGGGCCGCCCAACGAUCACCCAAUAAACCCCUUUCAUAAUGGCAGUGCACCUAAUGACCUCGGCGAUCUGUCCCUAGGGGAAGGCGUCAGCUCCAUCUUUCUGGAAGGUCUCGAUCUCCCCGACUUUCAAGAUAUGUCGUGGCUGAACAGUGUUCCGAGCAAUUUAUUCUGAGUUCGUCUCCUGGGACAUUAUACUAUUAUCACCGCUUCCAUUUGUGGAAACCUCUACUGGGCACUUUAUGCAGUCGAUCACCUAUCGCGCUCCGCGGAAGAUGGGAGUCGUGACUGCGCGCAGACUAGGACGUGGCAUUCAGUGAUUAUGGCUAGGUUCCACCCUGCAAUAUUUGGGCUACAUCUAUAAUAGCAUGUAAGUCACACGGCAUGAUCCUUUCUUAUAUCGAUCCAUUCAUCACAUAUUUGAAUUUCAAUGUGUGACUUCGUCCUCCGUCUUUUGAUCUGCUCGCGUAGCCACAAACUGAAUCGCAAUGAUCGAAGGCAGUGCACAGACUCCGAUGAUCGCACACAUGACACCGGCUGCGCCGGCCAGGCCCAAUGAGUCAAAC